AUCCUAGUCAUUUUAUGCCUUAUAGCCAAAGCAUUGUAUUUUUGUCUUUCAACGAUUGACCUUGUUUAUUGAAUAUUUGUUGAGCUACAUGCUGUUUGCCGUUACAUAUUCAAUUGGGAAACAUGGACAAGGCUGUCGUCCAGACCAAGCUUGCAAGGGUGAAAGCGGUUGUUGGCAGAACUGGUUCUCAGGGUCAAUGUACACAGGUCCGUGUAGAGUUUCUGGAUGAUACUAAUAGGUCAAUCAUAAGAAACGUGAAAGGUCCUAUUCGUGAAGGCGAUAUUUUAACCUUGUUGGAAACAGAAAGAGAAGCCAGAAGAUUACGUUAAUGCAUUCUAAAUAAAAGGUGGUAAUGAAAUUGCCGUUUUUUCAUUCAUAUAAGUCUAACACGGCUGUCCAAAAACGUAACCAAAUCAAUCACGAGCCCGCUUUUCCUAUACAUAAGUCUAAAUAUUAAACGGAACCUAUAUGUUAUGUGACAACAGUCAUGAAACUUCAUACUUGAAUUUUCAGUCACAGACGGUCUUCCGUAGUUGACAACAACCCGAAAACGAAAACCAAAAUAGCUGAAUUAGGUAAUAUCCACUAUUGUAGUCACACUUCAAACAAGUCAUUUGUCGGUUGCUGAUGAAAAUAAAGACUGUCGCUAACGAUUUGCAUGUGGACUUUCUCUACAGAUUUAGAGAGUUAAAGCUUCACUGUCAGUUUUUCUUCAUGCUGAAUAAGUAUCUCUUCAGCAGCGUGCUGAGAUAUGCCUGAUAUCAAAUGCACGCCGAUACUUGAACAAAAGUAGUCCCAAUUUCAGUUUAAAGAUAGGUAACUACCAUUAGUUUCUAAGUAAUAGGAUGCAUUCCUCCUGGGUGCAUUGGGUUUCGAAUAAUUCAUUAGUUCUCAUUAUCAGGUGGUUGAAAUUGAAUUCUUAGUGUGUCUUACACCUGUAUCUUUGUGUAUGUGAAUUAAGUGGUUUUUAAGUGAACUGUAAACUUUUAACUCGUCAAGUUAUAUGACGAGGUAAACUUCAUAUAGAUAUGAAUGGUCUAUACUAUGACCAUGGGACAUAGUCCACCUCACACUAAUCGAAUGAGAUUCGUGCGGGGCUUAUGUACUCGGUACCAAUAGUUAAGUGUUCAAAUAAAAAAUAUACUAUGACGUUACGCAGUGUGUCGGGUAAACUUCCUUUCACAACAUGUGUUUAUUGUGAUUUCAUGGUAAAUAGUGCGAGCAUUUUUGCGAAAUCUUUGGAUAUAACCCAGCUUUGUCACAUCAUAUAGUUUUGGUGAUUGAUACUGAAUGUGGGUGUUCGUUUCUUAUAUAGCGACUGGAUAUUUUGUCUGUCCAAUCGCUAGUCUUUUGAUUUGAGUAAACAACAGCGCGGCAACGGGUAAACGUCAUAUGAAAAGACUAAUGGAAUUUGGCGUUAUUUUCGACCUGGGAUUUGUUACAAUAGGCAACUGAACAUGGAUAAAUAAAUAUAGACGGCAUCCUUAGUGAGAUAUUAAUUACACCACAAAGUUGGGACGAACUUAUAACAAGACGGUAUCAAGCUUGGGAUCAUAAGCUCGGACCGUAGAUUUGGGAACUACGUGUCUGUGUACAUUGUUUACUUUUAUCUCCAAGUUAGGCUUUAGAAGGUCCCUACUUGUGUCCGAAGAACAGACAUCUUCAGUUCGCAUUAACUUGGUAUAAAUAGUCGAGUGAAGAUGUGAUACAGUCAGUAUCAUUUAUUAUGUAGUCCGUAAUUCGUAAGUGGGACGCUAUUUUUCAGCCUUACGUACGUACAAAAGGUCAAGGCUCAAUUAUUAACUUGUCAGAGGAUAAACUUCAGGAUAAGAAGCUUGAAUCCGGCCCUAUACUAUUCAGUGUGGACGAGUUCGUAACGUUAAGAGAUUUAGACAUAAUCUAGAUCAAGCGAUCGCUAAUUUAAGAUGCUAACUGUACAACAUGUACGUGGUGUUUUGGUUUAUAAAACUGAUGCUACUUUCGUCAGUUGAGAGGUCUUGCUUUAUAAGAGUACAUACUCAGAAAGCUCCGUGCGUCAGGGUCAUCUAAGCACGAUAACUGUAAUGGACUUACACGGUCAGAAACAUUCAUCGAAAAGUUUUCCAUCCAACAUGUUGACGAUAAUGAGGUAGUAAGCCCUAUGCAAUUCUUGAGCUUAAAACAAAAUAGAAUAAUUAAAAACAACUUACGGAACUUGGGUCAAGUUCAUUGCUUGAUUUGUACUUGUUAAUAAGUCGAUAACAGGAUUUCCUAACCUGGGUGUGUGCGAUCAAUUAUAUUAUGAAGAUUAGAUGCUCGCACCAUGUGCAUUAUGUAAUCACUAAACUUCAACAUUUUCAGUCUAAAAACUUACUUUUGUAAAAUCCUUACAAUGGAAUCAUUCGUCCAAUGUUAGCUCAAUGAAAUCUCCUUUGUGACCUACUCCUUGAUGCCUAAAGAUAACCGCACUGCAGAACUGUCAAUAUAACACAGCCAUAGCUAGAUGUAACAACUUAUAAGGCAUUAACCGUCGUAGUAUUAGUGCAAUCAUACUCAUAUAUUAAGCGUACGGAAAUAUGAUGCCUGAUUGUCAUACUGAAAGACAAAAGAACCGAUACAACUUCGGAAUUAUUGAUAAAAUGGGAAGCAUAGUCACUAUUAUAAUUAACAGGUGAAUCACGGAACUGCCAUUAACGAGCAAAUGUUUCAUCAGCUAAUCGGGCCUCCUUAUUUUAUCAUCAAAUAAACUUGGUUGGCUUGCAACUUUUAGAACAUUUCAGAUGACCGAAUGCCAGACUGAAGAGUAAGAACUUACUUGAGAAUUUCAAAUGUUUAUCCGUACUGUCCAUAAGACUAAUACAUAGCAUCUUACAAUGUUUUCAUUCUUAUUAUUUAUUUAAACACGUAAAUAUUGGUGCAAAGGGGCACCACAUUUAUAUGCGCCAAACAAAACAAUGAAAAAAAGGAAAAGAAAGGGGUAAGAUGCAUCAAAAAAGUAAUGGUGAGAGGAACUGGAAUGUACAACCAGAAGAACUCUCU